CCUCCGAACCGGGGUCCUCUCCGGCCCGUCGCUCGCACUCCAACUCGCCAACAAAAGAGCGCGAGCAGCGAAGGUGCACGCACGUUCGCCGUCCGACCGUUUCGCGCGUUGUUUACAUAUCGAGGAUAUUUUCAGUGAUAAACCCUCUGUGUGAUCGGUGAUCCAUCUUCCGGUUUCUAUAUGAGUGGGUGCAAAGUAGCGAAUCUGGCGGAUUACAAAAGUGAAACCGUGCGGCGGUGGGUCGAGACGUCACCCACCACCCAUCGCCAUAUGAACAAUAACCUGGAGACGACGCCGAAGUCGAUCAAGGGUCAACUGAACAACAACACCAUCGACUUCCUAGCGCAGAGCUUCUGGCAGCGCCAGACGAAAGAGGGCAUCGCCUUGGAAGACAUGCCCAUGUUGCUACAACAGCCCAAUCCACAUCUGGCCCUCGCGGGUCAUCAUCACCACCCGCACCAUCAAAAGACCGGCGGAGCGCCACCGGGCGAGAAAGACCAACCGCUGGAUUUUACCAUGUCGAAGUUUAAGACGAAGGCGGGUGGUGCUGCCACCGUCGCGUCACAACUCAAACAAUUGAACAGUUUGGGCGGUUUGACCAGCCUACAGAACCUGAACAGUUUAGCCGCCGCUCAGCAGCAGAUGCUACUCCUGCAGAGCAACGGCGUGUACUUUAAUAGUGCGGGUGUUGGGGGUGGGAAUAACAAUAAAUUCGCGCAGCAGACGUCGCCCACGAUUCAGGCGGCGAGAGUGCAUAGUCCAGGCAGUGCAUCAUCAGGGGAAGCCGGUGUAGGCCCACCGAAUUCUUCACCCAGAUCAAAUCCGGCUAGUCCAGGACCACUCAGAGAUGAAAACGGUCCAUCACCUAUACCUGCAGAUAAACCAUACGGGAAGUUAUGGCUGAGCGAACCGGACGUGAAUUGGCGCCAGGACAUGCAACUGCCGUCGGCGGAAGAGUCAAAAUUGGCGCUGCACGCACGCCUUGGACUUUCACCAAAUGAUCAAAGAUCAUUGUCAAUGAACCGAAUGGACAAGACGCCGUCAACGCCACCAUCACAAGACGAUGUUGACGCCAAUGGAGAUAUGAGCGAUAACGAGGGUAGUCUUAAUAGCGACCAUCACAUUUCGCGACAAGAAGAUGAAGACUCGAUGGAUUCGGAUCGUGAUGAUGGCGCUCUUAACUUGGUGACGGCUGAAAGUGAUCCGAUCAACAGGUCAUCGCCCAACUCCCAAGUGACGAGCUCGAGUCCCACGGGUGUGGGGGCGGCCCUUGCUGCGCUCGGAGGUCUUGGUGGCCUGCUGAGCAACCCGCUUAUGUUGGGCAGUCUUGGCGCCUUUCAAAAUCCACAAAGUUUACAGCAGCUGCAGCAGCUGAUGUUCCAGCAGAAUCAUGGCAAUCAACUCAAUCAGCAACUAUUUCUUCAAAAUCAGGUGCAACAACUCGCACAAGCCGCCCAGCAGUUGCAGCAGAUCCAGAAAGCGCAACAACAGCAGCAACAGCAACAACAGCAACAUCAGACCAAUAUUAAUCAGCAUAAUACAAGCAUACCAUCAAAUAAUUCAACCCCACAGACACAAACAACACCACCAAAUAAUUCGCAUAUUCCAGCAAGUUUACUAACACCCAGCACGCCUAGUUCCGGUGGGUUGACACCCCAGCAUAUGAAGGCUCAGUCUAGGUUGUUAGAACCUAGUCCCGAAGAGACCACAGACCUGGAAGAGCUCGAACAAUUCGCCAAGACAUUCAAACAACGACGAAUCAAACUUGGUUUCACUCAAGGUGAUGUAGGUUUGGCGAUGGGUAAACUCUACGGUAAUGAUUUCUCGCAAACGACAAUAUCCCGUUUUGAAGCGUUGAACCUCAGUUUCAAAAACAUGUGCAAACUCAAACCACUGCUACAGAAGUGGUUGGAGGACGCGGAUAGCACCCUAGCAAACCCAGGCGCGUUGAGUAACCCAAUGACUACUCCCGAAGCCAUUGGUCGUCGACGCAAGAAACGUACCUCGAUUGAAACCAGUGUGCGCAUUGCACUGGAGAAAGCAUUCCUGCAAAACCCUAAACCCACCUCGGAAGAGAUCACGAUGUUGGCGGAUAGUCUAUGCAUGGAGAAGGAAGUAGUGCGUGUGUGGUUCUGCAAUCGGCGACAGAAAGAAAAACGCAUCAAUCCUCCGUCUUCGGCGCUAGGCUCGCCUGUAUCAAUGGGUGGUAGUGGCGGUGGUGGUGGUGGUAGCAAUAUGUUUGCCAUCAACUCGCUUUCCAGUCCACUCUCGCUCGUCACGAACAGCGCGCAUAAUUUUAAUCCUAAUAUGAUGGUGAAGCAGGAAUGACGGCCGAACUAUUUCGGCGACUACGAGCACGUCGAAUAAUUCGGCGGCCAUUUUUGUUGUUUUUCUUUUUGAAAUUAUUACAACGUAAGUGUUUGUGCAAUUUUAACAAAUUUAAAUGAAACAGUCCCGGUUUUAAUAUCUAACGCUAUAAGUAAACACGUAAAAUGUAAAAUAGUCAAGUAAGACGAGGAAAAAUUGCGACAACUGUACAUAAAUGGUAAGUGACAUAGAUUUUUGGCAUCUCAACCAGUAUUAUGUAUUGACAAAACAUUGAAGAAAAAAAGAAAACGACAAACAGCACGGAAAUAAAUCGAGCAGUCUUCCAAUUCAAUGCGAGAAAAGUUCCUAUAUUAUUAGACGAAGACUUGAAUUUUGACGAAUACUGUGUUUGAUUAUGCGCUAGAAAUUUAUUUUCUAUGAAAGAUACGAAUAAAUUGUUGUAACAAAUGUAAAUAAUUUUAAAAACAAAAAUUACUUGAAUAUUUUCUUCCCAUAAAAUUUUCGUUUCAUUUCUUUAACGUUAACGUCCAAGAAAUGAAACCAAACGGAAUUAAUAUUCAAGUGACGAAUAUUGCCUAAAGUAAAUAAAUAAAAGAUGAACGUACGACACUCAUUUGUAAAGCAGGGUCUCAUAAUAAUAUAAUUUGAAUGUUUGUCGUACGUGCGCAUCUUCCAAACCUGUUUUUCAUUGUAUCUUGUAUCAAAAAUUGUAUCAAGCGAUAAAAGUAGGCAUGUAUAGAUAGCUAGCAGGUAAAAUCUAAUUUUUAAGUAAUAUCAACACCCAAAAUGGCCGGAUCGGCCGAGUACUAAACAUGUAGAUAUUGCAAAGUAAGAAAUAAACAACAAAACAUUGAGAAAUCCGCAAAUGCAGAUUCUGAUACUGAUUCAGAUGACAAAGACAGCUCCUCUAAUGAUUAUCUAGCCAAUAAGUAAAUGUUAUACGGAUAUUAUAUGCAUAUACGAACGAUAUAAAUAUUAUUUAUAAAUAGUACCUAUACAUAUGGAUAAAAAUAUACAUAUACAUAAAUUAUACACACAAACACACACACGUAGGACUCCGUAGGAUCGGAAUGUAUACAUACCGACAUAUGAAUGUGUAGAGAUAACACUUGUAAUUAAGAUAGGAAUGAAAUUGACAAAAUGGAUGGUCUGUUGUUGUACAUAAUCGAAUUGUUUCUUCGAGGCGCUGAAGACACUUGUCACCGAGGUACCUAAAUGACAAAUCGAACGGACUAAUGCAAUUAGGACCAAAAAAACAAGCAUGCAAGAGCAUUGAACAAGACGAAAUUUACGUGUAAAUUUCGGAAUUGUUUAUUAUCAAGUUUCGUUCAAUCCACUAACGUCUAAGUAGUUGAUUUAUAAAUAUAUAUAUAGAUGAUAUUUAAUUUUUAUUAAUUUUAUUUGCUAGAUAUUAAUUUUAUUAUUAUUUGAAAAUAAAACGAAAUACGAGAAAGUUCCUAACGCAUCGCAAAUACAAACGAUUUGUUUUU